UCUUCAAGUGUCACAAUGGGGGAUGGAGAGAUGGAGUGUUUUGGCCCAGCGGCCAUAUUCCUUCGUAAACCUGAAAAGGAGAGGAUUGAGGCUCAGAGCAAACCUUUUGAUGCCAAAACUGCCAUGUUUGUGACUGAGCCUUCAGAGAUGUACCUCAAAGGUGUUCUCCAAAGCAGAGAGGGUGGAAAAGCCACCGUAAAAACUUUAUGUGGAAAAACCAUUACUGUCAAGGAGAAUGAAAUCUUUCCCAUGAAUCCACCCAAAUUCGACAAAAUUGAGGACAUGGCCAUGAUGACCCACCUCAACGAGCCCGCUGUGCUGUAUAACCUCAAAGAGCGUUACGCAGCCUGGAUGAUCUACACCUACUCAGGGUUGUUCUGCGUCACUGUGAACCCCUACAAGUGGCUACCAGUAUAUGAUGCAGUUGUUGUGGCUGGAUACAGAGGCAAAAAAAGAAUUGAAGCCCCACCACACAUCUUCUCUAUCUCUGAUAAUGCCUAUCAGUUCAUGCUCACAGAUAGGGAGAACCAAUCUGUCCUGAUUACUGGAGAAUCUGGUGCAGGAAAGACUGUUAACACCAAACGUGUCAUCCAGUACUUUGCGACAAUCGCAAUGGCUGGAGCAAAGAAGACAGAGCCUGUCCCUGGCAAAAUGCAGGGUUCACUGGAGGACCAAAUUAUUGCAGCCAACCCCCUGCUGGAGGCUUAUGGUAAUGCUAAGACUGUUAGGAACGACAACUCCUCUCGUUUUGGCAAAUUUAUUAGAAUCCACUUUGCCACCACUGGAAAACUGGCGUCUGCUGACAUUGAAACUUAUUUGCUGGAAAAAUCCAGAGUCACUUUCCAGUUGUCUGCUGAAAGGAGUUACCAUAUCUUCUACCAGCUCAUGACUGGACACAAACCAGAGCUGCUUGAGGCACUGCUCAUUACAACCAAUCCGUUUGACUACCCAAUGAUCAGCCAGGGUGAAAUCACAGUCAAAAGCAUUAAUGAUGUGGAGGAGUUCAUGGCCACGGACACUGCUAUUGACAUCCUGGGCUUCACAGCUGAUGAGAAAAUCAGCAUCUACAAACUGACUGGUGCUGUGAUGCAUCACGGAAACAUGAAGUUCAAGCAGAAGCAGAGAGAGGAGCAGGCUGAGCCUGACGGCACUGAGGUGGCUGAUAAAAUCGCCUACCUUAUGGGCCUGAACUCUGCUGACAUGCUGAAAGCUCUGUGCUACCCCAGAGUGAAGGUCGGAAAUGAGUUUGUGACAAAAGGCCAGACUGUACCUCAGGUCAACAAUUCUGUCAUGGCUCUCUGCAAGUCUGUCUAUGAGAAAAUGUUCUUGUGGAUGGUCGUGCGCAUCAAUGAGAUGUUGGACACAAAACAGUCGAGACAGUUCUUUAUUGGCGUGCUGGACAUCGCUGGAUUUGAGAUCUUUGAUUUCAACAGCUUGGAGCAGCUUUGCAUUAACUUCACAAAUGAGAAACUGCAACAGUUUUUCAACCACCACAUGUUUGUACUGGAACAAGAGGAGUGCAAGAAAGAAGGAAUUGAAUGGGAGUUCAUUGACUUUGGGAUGGACUUGGCUGCCUGCAUUGAGCUUAUUGAGAAGCCAAUGGGCAUCUUCUCCAUCCUGGAGGAGGAGUGCAUGUUCCCCAAGGCAACAGACACAUCCUUCAAGAACAAGUUGCAUGACCAGCAUCUUGGCAAAAGUAACGCUUUUCAGAAACCAAAGCCUGCCAAGGGUAAAGCAGAAGCCCACUUCUCUCUGGUGCACUACGCCGGCACUGUGGACUACAACAUUGUUGGCUGGCUGGACAAGAACAAGGACCCCCUGAAUGACUCUGUUGUGCAGCUGUACCAGAAGUCUGCAAAUAAACUGCUGUCUCUGCUGUAUGCAAGCCAUGCAUCUGCUGAAGCAGAGGGUGGUGGUGGAAAGAAAGGUGGGAAAAAAAAGGGUGGCUCCUUCCAGACAGUGUCUGCUCUGUUUAGGGAAAACUUAGGAAAACUGAUGACCAACUUGAGGAUCACUCACCCUCACUUUGUGCGAUGCUUAAUUCCCAAUGAAUCUAAAACUCCGGGUUUGAUGGAGAAUCAUCUGGUCAUACACCAGCUAAGAUGUAAUGGUGUGCUAGAGGGUAUCAGAAUCUGCAGAAAGGGAUUCCCUAGCAGAAUCCUUUAUGGUGACUUUAAGCAAAGAUACAAAGUCCUUAAUGCAAGUGUCAUACCAGAGGGACAGUUCAUUGACAACAAAAAAGCAUCAGAGAAACUUUUGAGCUCCAUUGAUGUAGACCACACCCAGUACAAGUUUGGUCACACAAAAGUGUUUUUCAAAGCUGGACUGCUAGGUACACUGGAGGAAAUGCGUGAUGAGAAACUAGCUGAGUUAGUGACCAUGACUCAGGCUUUGUGCCGGGGCUUCCUUAUGAGGAGGGAGUUUGUCAAGAUGAUGGAGAGAAGAGAGUCCAUCUUCGCGAUUCAAUACAACAUCCGCUCAUUCAUGAAUGUGAAACACUGGCCAUGGAUGAAGCUGUACUUUAAGAUCAAGCCUCUGCUGAAGAGUGCAGAGACUGAGAAAGAAAUGGCUGCUAUGAAGGAGAACUUUGAUAAAAUGAAGGAGGAUCUGGCAAAAGCACUGGCCAAGAAGAAAGAGCUUGAAGAGAAGAUGGUGUCACUCCUUCAGGAGAAAAACGACCUGCAAAUCCAAGUAGCAGCCGAAACUGAGAACCUCUCUGAUGCUGAGGAAAGGUGUGAGGGACUCAUUAAGAGCAAGAUCCAGCUUGAGGCCAAACUCAAAGAGACUGCAGAGAGGCUGGACGAUGAGGAGGAAAUCAAUGCUGAGCUGACCGCCAAAAAGAGGAAACUGGAGGAUGAGUGCUCUGAGCUGAAGAAGGAUAUUGAUGAUCUGGAGCUCACCUUGGCUAAAGUGGAGAAGGAGAAACAUGCCACUGAAAACAAGGUAAAAAAUCUUACUGAGGAGAUGAUUUCACAAGAUGAGUCCAUUGUUAAGCUAACCAAAGAGAAAAAAGCUCUGCAAGAGGCACACCAGCAAACUCUUGAUGAUCUCCAAGCAGAGGAAGACAAAGUCAACACAUUAACGAAAGCUAAAACCAAACUGGAACAACAAGUUGAUGAUCUAGAAGGCUCCUUGGAACAAGAGAAGAAGGUACGAAUGGAUCUUGAGAGAGCUAAGAGGAAGCUUGAGGGUGAUUUGAAACUGGCCCAGGAGUCCAUAAUGGACCUGGAGAAUGACAAGCAGCAGUCUGAGGAGAAGAUCAAGAAGAAGGACUUUGAAACAAGUCAGCUUCUAAGCAAAAUAGAAGAUGAGCAGUCUUUGGUUGCUCAACUACAAAAGAAGAUCAAGGAACAUCAGGCUCGUAUUGAGGAGCUGGAAGAGGAAAUUGAGGCUGAGCGUGCAGCUCGAGCUAAAGUUGAGAAGCAGAGAGCUGAUCUCUCCAGGGAACUUGAAGAGAUCAGUGAGAGGCUGGAGGAGGCUGGUGGUGCCACUGCUGCUCAGAUUGAGAUGAAUAAGAAGCGUGAGGCUGAGUUUCAGAAGCUGCGUCGUGAUCUAGAAGAAUCUACUCUGCAGCAUGAAGCUACAGCUGCUGCUCUCCGCAAGAAACAAGCUGACAGUGUUGCUGAGCUUGGAGAGCAGAUCGACAACCUUCAGAGGGUCAAACAGAAGCUGGAGAAAGAGAAGAGUGAAUAUAAGAUGGAGAUAGAUGACCUGUCCAGUAACAUGGAGGCUGUGGCUAAAGCAAAGGCUAAUCUUGAAAAGAUUUGCCGUACAUUGGAUGACCAAGUAAGUGAGCUUAAAACAAAAAAUGAGGAACAAAUUCGCCAAAUUAAUGAUCUAAAUGCACAGAAAGCAAGGCUUCAAACUGAAAGUGGUGAGUCUGGGCGCCAACUAGAAGAAAAAGCGGCCCUAGUUUCUCAGCUGACUAGAGCCAAGCAAGCAUAUAUUCAACAAACUGAGGAGCUCAAGAGACAAGUUGAAGAGGAGGUGAAGGCAAAGAACGCCUUGGCUCAUGGUGUUCAAUCAGCUCGUCAUGACUGUGAUCUGCUCAGAGAGCAGUUUGAAGAGGAGCAGGAGGCCAAAGCUGAGCUUCAGAGUGCAAUGUCUAAGGCUAACAGUGAGGUGGCUCAGUGGAGAACCAAAUACGAGACAGAUGCCAUUCAACGUACUGAGGAGCUUGAGGAGGCCAAGAAAAAGCUUGCCCAGCGUCUACAAGAUGCUGAGGAAAAUAUUGAAGCUGUAAACUCCAAGUGUGCCUCUCUAGAGAAGACCAAACAGAGGCUGCAGGGUGAAGUGGAGGACCUCAUGAUUGAUGUUGAGAGAGCCAAUGCAUUAGCUGCCAACCUUGACAAGAAACAAAGGAACUUUGACAAGGUUUUGGCAGAAUGGAAGCAGAAGUAUGAGGAAGGCCAGGCUGAACUGGAAGGAGCUCUGAAAGAGGCUCGGUCUCUGAGCACUGAGAUCUUUAAAAUGAAGAACUCAUAUGAAGAAGCUCUCGACCAGCUAGAGACCCUGAGGAGAGAAAACAAGAAUCUGCAGCAGGAAAUCUCUGACUUAACUGAACAACUUGGUGAAACUGGGAAGACAAUUCAUGAGUUGGAGAAAGCAAAAAAGACAGUGGAGACUGAAAAAUCUGAAAUCCAGACGGCCCUUGAAGAAGCUGAGGGAACACUUGAACACGAGGAGUCAAAGAUUCUUCGCAUUCAGUUGGAGCUCACCCAAGUGAAAAGUGAAGUAGACCGAAAGCUUGCAGAAAAAGAUGAGGAGAUGGAGCAGAUUAAGAAAAACAGUCAGAGGGUCAUUGACUCAAUGCAAAGCACACUUGAUGCUGAAGUCCGGAGCAGAAAUGAUGCUCUAAGAAUUAAAAAGAAAAUGGAAGGAGAUCUCAAUGAGAUGGAGGUACAACUGAGUCAUGCCAACCGUCAGGCUGCUGAGGCCCAGAAACAGCUCAGAAACAUCCAAGGACAGCUGAAGGACGCACAACUGCACCUUGAUGAUGCUCUGAGGGGACAGGAAGACAUGAAGGAGCAGGUAGCCAUGGUGGAGCGAAGGAAUACCCUGAUGAUGGCAGAAAUUGAGGAGCUGAGGGCUGCACUGGAGCAGACAGAGCGAGGCCGCAAAGUGGCUGAACAAGAGCUGGUGGAUGCCAGUGAACGUGUUGCACUACUUCACUCUCAAAAUACCAGCCUUAUUAACACCAAAAAGAAGCUUGAGACUGACUUAGUUCAAAUCCAAAGUGAGGUUGAAGAUACAGUCCAGGAGGCAAGAAAUGCAGAGGAGAAAGCCAAGAAGGCUAUUACUGAUGCUGCCAUGAUGUCAGAAGAGCUAAAGAAGGAGCAGGACACCAGUGCUCAUCUGGAGAGGAUGAAGAAGAACCUUGAGGUUACAGUUAAAGAUCUGCAGCAUCGUCUGGAUGAGGCUGAGAACCUUGCCAUGAAGGGUGGAAAAAAACAGCUUCAAAAAUUGGAGGCUAGGGUGCGGGAACUGGAAGGUGAAGCUGAAGCUGAGCAGAGACGUAGCGCUGAUGCUGUCAAAGGAGUUCGAAAAUAUGAGAGAAGAGUAAAGGAGCUCACCUACCAGACUGAAGAGGACAAAAAGAAUGUGAACAGACUACAGGAUUUGGUGGACAAGCUACAGCUCAAAGUGAAGGCCUACAAAAGACAGGCUGAGGAAGCUGAAGAGCAGGCGAAUACUUAUCUAUCCAGAUUCCGAAAGGUACAACAUGAGCUGGAGGAAGCUCAGGAGCGUGCUGACAUUGUUGAAUCUCAAGUAAAUAAGCUAAGAGCCAAGAGCAGAGAGGCUGGAAAGGGCAAGGAGGCAGAAUGAAGAGGACCCAUCUCUAACAAGUGUAGCAAGUAAUGUUGCAUGAAUUACUUGCGAAAUGUACUGAUAAAGCAAUAAAAGUAGACAUAGCCAGUAAA